AUGAAAGAAUGGCUGUAAUAAAAAGGGAGGAGGGAGGAGGAGAGAAAAAGAAGGAGAAAAAAACAAGAAGACAAAAGAUUGUCAGGUUGGACAAACAGCAGACUUUCAGUGAAGAAGAAGUCAUGGGAAUCUUUCCAGUCGUCCUCCUGCUCUGCGGUCUCCAUGCUGGAGUCCAGAUUCAGGACAGCGAGAUCACUCCGCCUCCUGCUGGAAACCUGCCAGCCAACUGCAGGGAGGAGAUGUAUCCUUGCACCAGGAUGUACUCGGUGCAUCGGCCCAUCAAGAGGUGCAUCGGGGGGCUGUGCCUCUACAGUCUGCCCCGGGUCUACGUGAUCAACAAGGAGAUCUGCUCCAGGACCGUGUGUCGGCACGACGAGGACGUUCGAGCGGAGAUCUGCAGGGAGUUAUCCGGCUGGCCCCGACGCGUCCAGAGGUCACCCGGCGGGAAGCGCUGUCGCCAUCGCCGUGGCGACCUUAAAACCUGGGCCAGCCAGGCCUGAACGUCGUGUCCCGGGGCCCAAAAGUCCAACAUUGGACACCUGUGGGCUAACUUUAGAAGUGUCAUAAAUCAUCCACGCCGCGUCUGGAUUACGUCCCUCGCUUUAAGCCGGAGUGAAGAACGCACCGAUAUUGACUUUCAUCCACGAUAAGCCCCAAAUAUCUACUCAGUGAUGCCACCUGGUGGUGGUUUGAGCACACUGCAGCUUGUCCCGCAUAAUGUAAGCAACCCCCACUCCUUCACGCUUCAACCGCUCGCAGGAUUCUCACAGGAAUGAGGCAAAACCUACUGUGGAUCAAGUAAUAAAUAUAGAAUAAAAGUUUAGCCCUACAGGUUAAAACAAAUUAUAUUUUGUAUUGGUUUUGAUGAAAAAUACCAAACUGGCCCCCGCACGCUUUGAUUUUUGACUGUGCACUUGUCAGUGGAAAAAGUUAGGACACCCCGGAUCUAUAUCAUGUCAUAAUCACACCGUAGUUGAUGUCAUAACCAUAUCGUAGAUGACGUCAUAAUUCCUGUCAUACUCUCACGAUGUAUUCUCAUGAUAUUCACUCCGAAACAGACUUUUCGUCUCUGUGGAGAAAUAAAAGACAAUGGCGGUUUGAUUUGUGGUGACAUAUUUAUAUGUUUGCAUAUUUCCAUACGCACAUUGUGGACAAGAGAUCACGUUAGGGGGGGGUAAAAGACUUGGUCAGGGUUAGAAUGAUCUUCUUCAUUGCACUUCCCUCACAAAAACAAGCGACGCAGCAUAAUCCAUCUGCAUGUAAACGACAAUAAUCACCACGACGACAACAACAACAACAACACAAAAAAAAAAAAAGCAAGCGUCUUAAAAAUACAAGCUUGGUCCCGACAAAACUCACGUUCCAACCCGGACUUCAGAAGUGGU